GAGCCAGUAUUCUAAAUAGUGCACGAGUGCACAUAUUGGAACAUAUGUGGCCUGGCUCUCGUGUGGCGCGCAUGGAAAGAAACAACACUACGUUACCACACGGGAGAGGAAAGCGAGACUGGGGGAUAUUUAAGAUUUAAAAAUAAGCCAUUAAAAAUAAGCUAGAGCUUAUCUGAGCUCCGAGAGCCCGGUGGCCGCUGUGUGAAUAGCAGCACUGCGCGAUUUAUAGCUUUUCUGCAUUUUUCGUAGCUAUUUUUACCAGCUUAAGAAGCAAAAACAGGUCAGAUAGCUAAUAAACUAGCUCUCAAUAGUGUGAGUAAACGGCUGGCUGAGUGGGCACACAGCCCAGGCAGAGGUGUUUUAGUGUUUUUAGGGGGUAAAUAUUAAGUAUGGUUCUGUUAAAAGGCUUGGUACCUCCUGGUGACGGUGUUCGGCACCAACAGGCCGAGACUUCGGCAGUUUUGGACGGGAAAAGACUCGGAACAGGAACCCUCUACGUAGCAGAAUCGCGUCUGUCGUGGCUGGAUGGAUCAGGGAUGGGUUUUUCACUGGAGUAUCCCACCAUCAGCCUCCACGCAAUCUCCCGAGACGUCAGCGCUUACCCACAGGAGCACCUGUAUGUGAUGGUUAACAAAAAACUUGGUGAUGAAAAUGAAGCAGAGAUGCAGGUACGAGCUCCAGAUGAUGAAGGUGAAGAAGAGAGUGAUAAUGAUGACGAUGACGAGGGAGUCAUCACAGAAAUCAGAUUUGUUCCCAGUGAUAAAGCUGCAUUGGAGGCCAUGUUUUCUGCGAUGUGCGAGUGCCAGGCGCUGCACCCCGACCCGGAGGACGAAGAUUCGGACGAUGAUUUUGAAGGGGAGGAGUAUGACGUGGAGGAGGCAGAACAAGCUCAGGGGGAUAUACCCACAUUUUACACCUAUGAGGAGGGUCUGUCCCAGCUGACGGUGGAGGGUCAGGCCACUCUGGAGAGGCUGGAGGGGAUGCUGGCCCAGUCCGUAGCUGAGCAGUUCCACAUGGCUGGAGUCAGAACUGACGAGCCCUCAACUGGGUUUGAAGAUGGAAUGGAGGUGGACUCGAACUCUGCAGAAGCUGGACAGUUUGAUGAUGCUGAUGUGGAUCACUGAUAAACCAUGUUUCCCCAGCACAAGCUGAAGCACUUCAGGUCACCACAGGUCACUUUUAAGUAUAUUAAUGCCUUCUGUGGAACUUUCUGGGCUUUUGUACAUUGAGACCUAGGUAUCCCCAGAGCCAAAAACAUCAUUUCUGCUUCUGAUGUUGUGUUUUGUACUUCUCAUUUAGACCAAAUUGUAAAAGCAGUGAUAUUUGUAUCAAGUAUUAAAAUAAAAUAGUUUUUUUGU